CACAUAACUCCCUCAACACUCCACCAAAACUCUACUGCGGUUAAGAACUUGCAAUACUCUAAAAAUGGCUGGAAAUCGACAAUUAGGCCACCAUGGACACAACGGAAAUGAUGAAGACGAUGACAUACUUUAUACCAAUGAGCUGUGGGGUGGAAGACAUCCUGGAGUUUUAAAAAUUUCAAGUGAUAUUAAUAAAAACUUACUCAAACAGGAAACAUGGAGAUGCAAAAAGCGAGUUACAAAGAAGCCAAAGAUGAAACUGGUGUCAGCUGGUGUUGAUAUAGGUGAAACCUUCAAAAUAAUUGACACAUUCGACAGAGAGCCAGAUGCCUAUGCUGAAGGCACAUACGCUCGACAAAGCGGAUAUAAGGCAGGUCUUACAAAUGAACCAGGCCAGAGGAUUCCCAAGACUGGAUAUUCAGCAGAAGCAGGAAUUGGACGAGCUCGAGCUGAAUGCAGUGUAUUCGAGGCAGAAGCUAAAGGCCCCAAUGCAUCAGUUGGAGCUGAAAUCAGUGUGCUUGGAGCAGGAGCAAUGGCUCGAGCUGAAAUCGCCAGCGCAUCAGCUAGUGCUGGUCCAGUCGGUGUGAAAGUGGGACUUGGAGUCGAUACGGGUGCAUCUAUUGGUGUGGAUGGGCUGGAGGCAAAAUUCCUGGGAACGGGGAUCUCAAUUGGUCCAAAAACCAGUGUGGCUGUUCUGGGUUCAGAAGUGUCAUGUUCAGUCAUGUAGGAACAUAAAAAGAACAGGACUCUACC